AGAGAGAGAGCGAGGGUGCAUUCGUUGGAUAGGCUUUCAGUUGCUAAUUAUCGUCAAAUGCCGUUUUCCUCAACGCCCUUUAGAAAAAUACACUUAUUUUGUAGCCUACAAUUGUUCUCUGCACACCCUUUCCGCGUUUAGCGUUUCCUUGCCGCGCAGUUAUGAACCCGCUGAAACCAGUCAUCAGAAAUAUCUGACAUUUGGUGGACUCCUCCUUUGCAAUCAUCUGUCUCGGCAUCACCUGUUGGAUUUUUUGUGACUCCUCAUUGCGUCUGCUUCGUCGUCUGUGGCAAAACACAAUUUUCCACAUCUUGGGCAAUUCAUUUUCAGUCUCUUUGGCACAAGAACGUGUUUUCUCUACAUUCUGGAUAAGUACUCGGUGUGCUAGCUGUGCGAGACGAAAGGAUGUUUGCUUCUGCAAGUUCUCCGUCUGCUUGAUCGAUUAGCAUAUCCGUUUUCAUAUUUUAACGUCAUGUAUGCACGACUACAGAUAGUGUCACGCAUUACUUGUUAAUUUAAAGCGUUAUAGUCAGUAGCCUAUUCGUAUUGAUAACAAACGUUAGUUGUCUAGUUUCACUCGGUGAGUAGGCUAGUAGUCUUUGCAUACGGGAUCCCAUUGCGCGAGUACCAGCCUACAUCUUGAGGUGAGAUGUCAACCAAGAAGGAAUCGAGGUCAGGAAAGGUUCUUCAAAAUGGGACAUCAAAACAUUUUUUGGAAAGAUGUGCAUCGACAAAUGAAUAUUUUGAUAUCGCUUUCAAGGUCAUGCUGUUGGGAGACUCGGCUGUGGGGAAGACAUGCUUCCUGGUGCAGUUUAAAGAUGGGGCCUUUCUCGCCGGCAGUUUCAUAGCCACCGUGGGAAUAGACUUUAGGAAUAAGGUGGUGACAGUGGAUAAUGUGAAGGUAAAAUUGCAGAUAUGGGACACGGCAGGACAGGAGAGAUUCCGGAGUGUCACUCAUGCUUACUACAGGGAUGCCCAAGCACUGCUCCUUCUAUACGACAUCACCAGCAAAUCCUCCUUUGACAACAUCAGGGCCUGGCUCACAGAAAUUCAUGAGUACGCACAGAAGGAUGUGGUCAUCAUGUUGCUAGGCAACAAGUCAGACAUGGCCAAUGAGAGAGUCAUCAAGAGGGAGGAAGGAGAGAAGCUGGCCAGGGAAUAUGGCGUGCCAUUCAUGGAGACCAGUGCCAAGACGGGAGUCAACGUGGAGCUAGCCUUCCUGGCCAUCGCAAAAGAGCUGAAGCAUCGGGCUGUCCAGCAGCCCAACGAGCCAAAGUUUCAAAUCCAUGACUACAUAGAGUCCCAGAAGGAGCAGUCCAGCUGCUGCAGUUACCUGUAACUCAGCCAUUACAACUGGGGCUGUGUGAGGAAGAGCAAAGAUGGAUGAGCACAGCGUUGCCUCCCUACCACAACCAGCAGACUGAACAGAACAGGCAUCUCCGUGGAGUGGGAGGCAGGGACACUGACCUGUUCUGUUUUUCACAGGAUAAAGUAGAGUUCAUGGUCCUACUCCACCCCAACCCACUUGACACUACCUCUUAGGGGUUACAGAUGGGGGAGACAUACCAACAUUUCCCCUCUUCUGGACAAGGUUUUUUCUGGAGGAGUUGUGUGUCAGGUGGGAUGGAUGCAAUCCAACCAUCAAACAUAGAUUCAGCAAUUGUUAGUAGUAAUGGUUUUUCUGAAAUAAUGUUGACAUUAACUGUCACAAGCAAAAUGGUUUAUUAUGUUUUGUUUUGUCUUUGUAAUGGCCAAGAAUGGCAGUGUCCUCGAGUAUUUUAGAUUUUCUUUUCAGUGAAGAUGGCAGUUGUGCACAGUUGGAGUUUGAAGUGCUUUAUCUCUGUGUCAAAAUGGAAUACGUUUUCCUCCAAGCAGCUGCCAGAAGGCUUUUUAAAGCGCAGACAGAGAUUUAUUUCAUGUUAUGCUCUUCAUUCCAGACACAUUCCAGUGUAGGAUGGAAGUAUUACCCAUGUCAUAUAUGUCAUCAUAAAGCUUUCAGCUCAGUUACUGUAUUGUGAUAUAUUUUCACCACUGCAAGCAACCAAAGGUGUGUAUGAAAUUAUGCUAAAUGACACUUAGCCUAAAGGUUUAACUGAGUGAAAUGAGAGCUUUUGUUUUUGUCUGUUGAUUUAGUUUAUGUGCUCUUUCGGACAGGGUUCUUGGUGAUAUUCAGGCCUUUAGGUAUUCCAUCCACAGUAUUGCCUUUGAUAAAGAGCCUGAGUAACUCACAUAGCUAUGUGCUCUGGCUGUGCAGUACAAAUUACUUUUUUACAAUAGGGUCAGUUAAAAAGGCUACUUUGCCAACUUGCCAAGCAAAAUUAUACGGUCUGAUGUUCAGUUGUUGGACUUCAUAUUGAUUAGAGAUUCCAGCAACAAGCACACAAAGGAGCAUGCACAAUCAAUGAUAACAGCUUCAGUUGGACAUGAUGCAAAUAGGCUUAAAUAAAAUAAAAUAAAAUAAGUAUAUUUAAAUUAUAUAUCAAAUGUGUGUGUGUGUGCGAUUGUGUGUGUGUGUGCGUGUGUGUGUGUGUGUGUGUGUGUGUGUGUGUAUGUACAGUAAAUGCAUAUAUUUGCUAUAUUUUUGAAGCACCCAUAAAUUUGCACUUUUGUGAGAAAUGCUUCAGCAUGGUUCCUGUUAUUUUUUUGUUCUAUACUUCAUAUGACUGCUGUUCAUUGCACUUUGUGUUGUGAUGCAAAUCACUGAAGGCAUAUGAAACCAGGUUUGAAAAUACUGUACAUUCCAACACUUUUAUAUCAGAAGAAAUGUUACAGUGAUGUCAGAUGUGAUUUGUUUGGUUGAUUUGUACUAUUUCCUGACUCAAAUUGUACUCCUAUGUUGGAAUGUUGCCUGCUAGCCACUUAAAUCGUUGGAUGUCAUUGUUUUCAUUUUCUUUAGAUGGAGGUGUUUUACGGGGUCCUAUGAGACACAUAUUCUGUACAAAAUUGUUUCUUAAUGUGGUGAUGUCCAUUUGUUCCCUUCUAUGAGGUUGUCUUUUGUGUGUCUGUGUGUGUGUGCACAAGUGUGUGUGUUGUGUGCUUGGUUACCUGUGAGUCUGUUGCUUAUUCUCAGGUAUUUGAAUGCUUUGAUCAAAAUAAAGUCAUACUGCUGAGAA